AUGCUAGCAGCCUUCCACGCGUUCCCCUUCCACCCCAUGGCGCUCAACCAUCUCGCCAACCACGCCUUCCUCGCCGGCCCCUCCCUGCACGGCCUCGUUGACCACUUGCUGCGCUCGCCCUCGCCAGCACAGAAGCCUCUCUUCCCCGUGCCGAGGCCUACUACUGCCUCGCGCGCACCUACCACGCGCAGUGGACCCCUGGCCGCGCUCGCCCUCGCCAGCACAGAAGCUUCUCUGCCCCGUGCUGAAGCCUACUAUUGCCUCGCUUGCACCUACCAUGCGCAGGUGGGUUCUGCUUCCCUGUGCCAUCACCAUGCGCAGAUUUGCACCAUGGGAGACAGGAAGAAAGCUUUUGCGUAUUACAAGGCGGCCACAGAGACAGUGCAGCCGGGGGAGUUCGCUCUGCCCUACUACGGGCUGGGGCAGAUUCAGCUGAGUCUGGGAGAUGCCAAGGCAGCACUGGGCACGCUGGAGAAGGUGCUGGCCGUGCACCCCACCAACAGCGAUGCUCUCAAGGUGAGAGAAGGGAAGGGAGGGAAGGGGGGAACAGCGAGUUGGGGUGCAUGGGUGAUGGUAACCCGCCAAUAG